AGCACCAGCUGGCCAAAUGGCCACGCCUCCUGUAGAAAUGCGGCGAUAAGCGCGGGUUUUUGCGGAGUCUUUCGCGGGUUCUGAGUGGGUCCAGGUCCAGCUGCACGUCGUGAAACCGCGGAGAGAUUCUGCUCGCUUGUGCCGCUGUCCCAGGAGACCGGAAACACCACCUUUCACCAUGAUGUUCGUGAUCAAAAGAGAUGGACGCCAGGAGCGCGUCAUGUUCGAUAAAAUCACGUCCCGCAUACAGAAGCUGUGCUACGGCCUGAACGCGGACUUCGUGGACCCGACGCAGAUCACCAUGAAGGUGAUCCAGGGCCUGUACAGCGGCGUCACCACCGUGGAGCUGGACACGCUCGCCGCAGAGAUCGCGGCCACCCUCACCACCAAGCACCCCGACUACGCCAUCCUCGCCGCCAGGAUCGCCGUCUCCAACAUCCACAAGGAGACCAAGAAGGUGUUCAGCGACGUGAUGGAGGACCUGUACAACUACGUCAACCCGCUGAACGGCCGCCACUCCCCCAUGGUCUCCAAGGAGACGCUGGACAUCGUCCUGGAGAACAAGGACCGCCUCAACUCCGCCAUCAUCUUCGACCGCGACUUCUCCUACAACUUCUUCGGCUUCAAGACUCUGGAGCGCUCCUACCUGCUGAAGAUCAACGGGAAGGUGGCCGAGCGGCCGCAGCACAUGCUCAUGCGCGUGUCGGUGGGGAUCCACGGCCGGGACAUCGACGCCGCCAUCGAGACGUACAACCUGCUGUCGGAGAAGUGGUUCACGCACGCCUCGCCGACGCUCUUCAACGCCGGCACCAACCGGCCGCAGCUGUCCAGCUGCUUCCUGCUGGCCAUGAAGGACGACAGCAUCGAGGGCAUCUACGACACGCUCAAGCAGUGCGCCCUCAUCUCCAAGUCGGCCGGCGGCAUCGGCGUGGCGGUGAGCUGCAUCCGCUCGACGGGCAGCUACAUCGCCGGCACCAACGGCAACUCCAACGGCCUGGUGCCCAUGCUGCGGGUCUACAACAACACCGCCCGCUACGUGGACCAGGGCGGCAACAAGAGGCCCGGCGCCUUCGCCAUGUACCUGGAGCCGUGGCACUUCGACGUGUUCGACUUCCUGGAGCUGAAGAAGAACACGGGCAAGGAGGAGCAGCGGGCCAGGGACCUCUUCUACGGCCUGUGGAUCCCCGACCUGUUCAUGCGGCGGGUGGAGAGCAACCAGGACUGGUCCCUGAUGUGUCCCAGCGAGUGUCCCGGCCUGGACGAGUGCUGGGGGGAGGAGUUCGAGACGCUCUACGCCAAGUACGAGGCGGAGGGGCGGGUGAAGAAGGUGGUGAAGGCCCAGCAGCUGUGGUACGCCAUCAUCGAGUCGCAGACGGAGACCGGCACGCCCUACAUGCUCUACAAGGACGCCUGCAACCGCAAGAGCAACCAGCAGAACCUGGGCACCAUCAAGUGCAGCAACCUCUGCACCGAGGUGGUGGAGUUCACCAGCAAGGACGAGGUGGCCGUCUGCAACCUGGCCUCCAUCGCCCUCAACAUGUACGUCACGCCCGAGCGCACCUUCGACUUCAAGAAGCUGGCCGCCGUCACCAAGGUGAUCGUGAAGAACCUGAACAAGGUCAUCGAGAUAAACUACUACCCGGUCCCCGAGGCCGAGCGCUCCAACAAGCGCCACCGGCCCAUCGGCAUCGGCGUCCAGGGUCUGGCCGACGCCUUCAUCCUGAUGCGCUACCCGUUCGAGAGCGCCGAGGCGCAGCUGCUCAACGUCCAGAUCUUCGAGACCAUCUACCACGCCGCGCUGGAGGCCAGCUGCGAGCUGGCGGCGGAGCUGGGCCCCUACGAGACGUACGAGGGCUCGCCCGUCAGCCGGGGGGUGCUCCAGUACGACAUGUGGGAGAAGACCCCCACCGACCUGUGGGACUGGAAGCUGCUGAAGGAGAAGAUCGCCCGGCACGGCGUGAGGAACAGCCUGCUGCUGGCUCCCAUGCCCACCGCCUCCACCGCCCAGAUCCUGGGCAACAACGAGUCCAUCGAGGCCUACACCAGCAACAUCUACACGCGCCGGGUCCUCUCCGGCGAGUUCCAGAUCGUCAACCCUCACCUCCUCAAGGACCUGACGGAGCGCGGGCUGUGGAGCGAGGACAUGAAGAACAAGCUGAUCGCCAACAACGGCUCCAUCCAGGACAUCGACGAGAUUCCAGACGACCUGAAGCAGCUGUACAAGACGGUCUGGGAAAUCUCCCAGAAGACCGUGCUGAAGAUGGCGGCGGACCGCGGCGCCUACAUCGACCAGAGCCAGUCUCUGAACAUUCACAUCGCCGAGCCAAACUACGGGAAGCUGACCAGCAUGCACUUCUACGGCUGGAAGCAGGGUUUGAAGACGGGGAUGUACUACCUGAGGACGAAGCCCGCCGCCAACCCCAUCCAGUUCACCCUGAACAAGGAGAAGCUGAAGGAGGCGGAGCAGAGCCAGGCCUCGGAGCAGGAGCUGAAGGAGAGGAACAAGGCGGCCAUGGUCUGCUCUCUGGAGAACCGAGACGACUGCCUGAUGUGCGGAUCGUAGAGCGCUCCUCUGGCCGGGAGCCUCUCCUGCUGGGACUCGUGUUAGAAACGCUCCCUCAGCUCUUUACCUGUUCCUUCACCCUGAUAAAUAUGUACAGGAGGGAUUUUAUCAGCAGCAC